ACACACACACUGCCUACGAUACACUGAACGACUGCAGGAUUCGAUACAGGGAUCAUUUGCUCGACCGGCGUCGAAAGCGGAAGGAAAAGGAGCGCCAACUUGCUCUCCGCAACGCUCAACGAAGUGCACAACGCAACCAGUCCAUCCUCCAGGAAUUGAGCACGCUCUCGCAACAGCUGGAUGAACAAGUCAGCCACAUCCAGCACCAGCGAUCUGGAGUGGAGAAGGCCAAUGGCACGUGGGACCCUCCUCUGCAGCGCACGGUCGCGUCGCCGCCGUGGGGUCCAGCCACAGACGCGCACCAGCACCAACAGCAGCCGCAGCAUGCUCCGUCCUGGGCCAACUACCCACACACAAUGCCGCCACAGCCAUAUGGCUGGCCGCCGUAUCCAUACAUGAUGCCCCCUUACAUGCCGCCACCACCUCAGCAACAGCAGCAACAGCAGAAUGGGCAUGCCAGCCUGCGUAACAGCAGCGUGCAAACACAGCGGCCAGGCACAGGCAGUCGCCCGCCAACGGGCGGCAGUCGCAGCGGGGCGCACGUGCGCCCAGAUAUGGUUGCGCAGCAAACGCAGUUCCCAAGCCAACCACCCUCGCGCCAGCACAGCCCGCUCAAGCCUGCUCCCGCUUCCUCGUCUUCCUCUGCACUGCAACAGCAGCAUCACGCCCCUGAUGUCUGGACGGCGCCAGCAGCCCCGCACGUCUCAGAUGCUGCGCUGCAGCACAUGCAGGCCGUGGGCCGGGCGGAGCUUGAGGAGGCCGGCAUUGCGGCGACGGACAUGCUUGGGGACAUGCAACGCAGCAGCGAGGUGCUUGAUGUCCGCGGGUUCACGCCAGCGAUGCGUCGCCUCAAGCGCCUGCACGUCAUUGAGCAGCACCAGCAGGCCGCCCGCUUGGAGGACGAAGUUAGAACAGCUGUGGAGUUGACGCUGCAGCAUCAGGAUGAAGAGGCGAUGUUGUUUGCUGCGGAGCAAGAUGGCAACGAGCUGCCCAUGCUGAAGCAGAUUGAGCAGCGCCACAACCCGCUGCUGGUGCAGUCUGUCUCCUCCGCGGUGCAGGCUGAGGACCAGCUGGGCAUCGAGCCGCCCACCUCCGCAUCGUUUACGCUGCGCUCUGUGCCCGCGUUUCCCACAUCCGCAUCGGCGUCGCUUCGACAACAACACGACGACGACGACCACCACGAGUACUAUAACCACGAUGACCAGAAACAGGAGCAGGAGCUGCAGCCUGAUGCGGCUUACGACUCACGCGUGCGUGGACAACGCCAAGGGCAAUACGAGCAACCACAGCAGCAGCAACCACAGCAGCAGCAACAACAACAGUAUUCGAGCUCGCUGCGUGCACCACGAGGCGAUUCUGCUGCGUCGUCACUGCAGCGCUCGAUGGCAGAUGAUUCCAUGCGCGGAGACUUUGCCCGCGUUGCACCCGCACCUGUCGAGCAAGGGGUGCGGUCAUCGCUGCCGUCCGGCCGCCCGCCGCUGCCACAGUCUCCGAGUGCUGGCGGCGCUUCCCCAGCUGUUCGCACGCGCAGAGCACACGCACAACCACCACCACGCCACCGACACGACAGCAGCGAUGAUGGCGAGAGCACGGACGUUGCCGGCACCACCGAAGAUGCCCACACCAACAGCAGCGGCAGCAGCGGCAACAAUCGUCAUCAUCGUGGCCGUGGCCGUGGCCGUGGUCGUGGUGACGGCGGUGUUGAUGAGGUGCAGCCACUGCAGGAUGAGCGACACCAGCACGCGAGACGCGCGUGGGGAUCUGUGCCAUCGUCCCCGCUCACACGCCGCGGUCAGCCCCCGCAGCAGGCGCACCCGGGCUACGAACAGCGCGAAGGCGACCAACACCAGCAGCAACCACCGCAACAGCAACAACAUCAGCGUCAAGGGUCGCGUGUGUCCCAAGAAGACGCCAUGCGUCUGCUGUCACCGCACGAUGCACACAGAGUGCACUCCAAGGAAGACCUGGACGCGUUUACACGGCUCGUGGGCUCCCUCUCGCCGUCCCCUCAGCGCGGGUCCUUUGCAUUUCCCGAUGGCGGCGCCGCAAACGCCCUGGAUACGCCAACAUCGCUACCUGGGUCAGUUAUCGACGUCGUUGACGCGUCCCCGUCCUCCCGCCAUCCAGAAGACACCAUCCAACACCGCCAGCAGCAGGGAUACAACGACACGUUCACGGGUCGCGGUAACAGUGGUGGUGGUGGUGAUGGGCGUCGUGGUUACGAUCCGUCCACGUUGGCAGAGGUGCCACCGCGCCGUGACGGUGCUCAAGUGUCGUCAUCGGCAGCAGCGCCGGCCUCCACCGCCGUCAUGCGGGAUGAGCGGGCGUUAUCACAGCACCACGCCAGCGGGGACACGGAGCCAUCGUCGGACACCACCCCGCUUGGCAGUCGCCGCGGCCGCAAGAAGGCGCGCGGUGUUGGCGGUCUCUUCCGCUUCCUCAGCCGCUCCCGGUCCCGGUCCCGCUCACGCACAGACACACACGCAGCAGACAGCUCUGCUGACGGUGGUGGUGAUGGCAGUGAUCGUGGGGUGACGCUGCGUGUGCCCUCUGGGCGCAGCGGCGUGCGUGGCAUCUCUCGCUCCAUGCCGCCACCGCGCUCGCCAUCACCAUCUGUAUCGCCCUCGCCGUCAUUCGUUGGGCGCUCACGGGCCAACAGCUUCGACUCUGUCGGGUCCAACGCAUCGGCGCUGUCCAGCCUGUCGUGGCGCGAGCGACGGCAGGUGCGACGAGAGGCGAAGAAGCAAGCGAAGGAGCAGAAGAAGAUGGAGAGGGGAGCGAUGAAGGAGCAGGCGUUGGAGGAGUUGAGGAAGAGGCGUGAGGAGAAGGAACGCGCAAAGGCAGAGAAGAAGGCGGAGAAGAAGGCAAAGAAGCAGCAGAAAAAGGCAAAGAAGGAGAAGCAGAAACAAGGAGUGCCAGACAGUGACCACGGCCAUGAUGAUGAUGAUGUCGACGUGGCUGCAGUGCCACCGGACAACCGUGAUGGUGGCGACGACGGCCAUGGUGUACGUGGCCGCGACCUUCACUCUGUUCCUGCCUCUCCCACGCCUUCUAAGAAGCGAGGACGCAUCAGCCGGCUCUUUGGCAGGAGGAGUCGCUCCAGCUCGCGCGACCGCGCAAUGUCCUCAUCAUCGGCAGCCGCAGGUGCACACCGCCAGCCGUCGCCAUCACCGCCACCAUCGCCGCGAACACGAGCAUCACAGGAGCACGAGGCUGAAGGACAGGGAAGAGGUGCAGCGGUGAGGGAAGCAGGGAAGCGCGAAGGGCUUGUGCGUGGCCGUGCUGCAAGCGAUGAGCGUGGUGACCACGACGACAAGCCCCAACGACCCCCUCCUCCCCGCAUACAGAACCAGCGCCAACCACAGCAGCAACAGCAGCAGCCACAGCAGCAUCAGCGUCCCUCUGCAGGGCGCAUUGGCGCGUCCUCCAUGUCGACACCAAUCAAACAGCAGGACGCAUCUGUGCGGCCACAUGUGCUGGCUCACCCCGUCCGUGUUGUUGGGAUCGAGCGUGUGGACGGCCGGUUUGGUGUUCGCAUGGUGGAGCAGCCGACGCGGGAGGGCGUGAUUGCCUCCUUUAUCAGUCACGUCGGACCCAAUGCCCGCUUCACGCCCCCAUCUGAGCCGCUAUUUAUCGGAGACAGGAUCCUGGCUGUUGGCGGUGUGCCGUGCGACGCGGCCACGCCUGCACAAGUUGCCAGGUUGCUGCAGCAGGCCAAAGGCCCGCGGGUGCCCGUCAAGGUUGUGAUUGAUCCUGACGUGAGGCAGGCGCUCACGAGUGCGGGCUCUGCGCUACCUGCGGUCAACGACAGCAUUGUGAGCGCUUCCACCAUCCACUCACAUCACUCCCACGAGAGACCACAACAGCAGCAACGGCAGCGAAUGAGUGACGACGUUACAGCUGCACCGGUUGGGAUGCGGGACAAGCAAGACGCUGGCGCUGCGCGUGUGUCGAGCGAUUCAAAUGCACGCAUGAAUGCCAGCGCGCCCCAAUCCAUGCCGCAACAACAACAACAACAACAACAACAACAACAACAACAACAACAACAACAACAACAACAACAACAACAACAACAGCAGCAGCAGCAGCAGCAGCAUGAUGAUGAUGAUGGCGAUGUGGCGCAGAGAAGUGUGGAUGAUGCGUUGGAGCUGAUGGCUGGCAUGGAUGAUGUGAUCAGUGACAUUAGUGAUGUCAGCGACGCUGAAGGCAUCGAUGCGCCCGCAGUAACAGCACACACCGCCCAUGACCAUGCAACAGCAGCAGCAGCUGCUGCACAUACUACCAGCGACCAUGAACGUGCUGGUGGUCCUGAAGCUGUAAACACGGCGCCGCAACAGCACGCCACGCACCUUUCGCAGCGGCAAAAGGACACUGGCGCACAGGCAACGAAACCAAGUGGCCAGCCGCCAGCGUCGUCGUCGUGGAUGGCACUCGAUGGCAGUGACAGUGACAGCGACAGCGUUUCUGCAAUCGAGGAGGGCGAGGUUGUUGUGUCUCCACAGCGACAGGACAGUCACAGACACAGUCAUAGCCGCAGUCACAGUCACAGCCGCGCGGAUGACGGAGAAGAACGAGGAGGUGUACGUGCCAAUGUUGGUCACCCUGUUGGCAGCAGUGUUGAGGACGAUGAUGAGCAGUCGGCUGUGUCACCGCCGUCAUCUGCGCACAAACCCGCACCAAAUGACGCUUCCCGCAUUCCUGAAGCGAGCGCAGCCAGCCAGACGGCGGCGGUGCCAUCGUCACUCGCCACUGGUAUGGGCAUGUGGGGCAUGGAGCUGUCCUCCUCAUCUUCGUCGGGCGAUGACGAAGAUGAGAACGCCGAUGGCCAUGAUGAGAGCGGGCAGCAUGCGACACGGGGCCAGCGCGCUGUGGGGAGCGAUGUCGACUCCUCCUUCACUUUUGGCGAGCAGCAGCAACAGCAACGUGACCAGCAAGAGCACGAGCAAGAGCAAGUGCAGCACGAACACGAGCAAACGUGGCAGCAUGAGACAGACGAUUCGCUCAUGUCGGAAGGCAAGGAGACAGGCAAGCGCGCGUCCAGCGGGCGAAAGGGAACUGCGUUCUCCUUUGAUGAUGAUACUGGUGGCCGGGGCGAUGCUGGCGAUCACCCCUUUGUCCAUGCUGCUGCGCCAACCACCGUCGGUGCCGCUGCUCUUGUCACUGAGGAUGCCAUGCACAUGCAGUUCGGCAGACAUCACGAUGGUGAGGAUGACCCAUCGUCCCAGCCGCAAUCACUGGCGGCAGAACCGUCGUCCACACCGAAAGUUACAAGCUCGUCACCACGACACGAGCGGAACACGGAAGAAGAUGACUUUGACUUUAGCGACGAUGUUGGUGACGCUGAGCAGCAUCAUGGCGAUGGCAGCGGUGCACGCGAUGCCGCACUGCACGACGGCACGACACAAGGGUCACCAGCGCACUCGGAUGAGAGCGAGGAGAGCGACUUUGACACGUUCACGCUGUUCCAAGCGCCCAAGCAGCGCACAGUUACUGCUGCUCCUGCUGCUGCUGCUGAGGCGUCAGUGACACGGCCCGUUGUGCAUGCCAUCCCCACCGCUGCUGUUGCGCACAGCGACGACGAUGACGGGGAGCCCGCGUCUCCAGAUUCAUCGUUUGAUGCGGGGACUGCUUUUGCAUCUCGCGAACAGCAGCAUCAACCACAGCACCAGCAGCAACAGCAGCAUCAACCACAGCACCAACCACAACAGCAACAGCAACAGCACCAACAGCAGCACCAACAGCACCAACAGCACCAGAGCUUUGGUGCAAGUGGAGGUGACUGGAGCGACGAUGACGACAACAACAACGAUGAUGAUGACGAGGACGCUGCCGCAGUUGCGUCUGGCGAUGACCCGUUGUAUGGCAUUGUCUUGCCCGGACGAGCAAAGGCAAAGAACACCGUGCUUGCAGGCAACAUCAUCGGGGGUCGUGCGGACGAUGGUGGCAGUGACGAUGACCUCAUUCCAUCGCUUAAGACACACACAGCCCCACGCACAGCACCGCAUGACCCAGCGCUCAGCGGCCUGGGCAAUGAUGGUGCGGUGGCAGCUGGCGAUUCCGACACAGACUCGCUUGAUGAGUUUGGCGGACAACUUGGUGGGGGACAUCAGGACACCUCCAAUACCACCAAGGACACCAACACCAACAAGGACACGCGCGCAUCCGCAAGUGGGGUUGGUGGCCGUGUUGCUGUACAACGGCAGAGCGACCAGCAACGACAACAGCAGCAUCAGCGGCGUCAGCAGCUGCAGCAGCAUGAUGAGAGUGCUGAUAGUCUGCUGCACCAUUCGCCGACGACAGCAGCGCCUGUUGUGCGCGGGACGAUGAUGGGCGCCGAUGUCGAUGACGAUGAUGACGACAGCGACAGCGGAUCCGACUUUGGCAUGGCGUUUGGAAUGACACCGCCAACACGGACCAGGACGGCCGCGACCAAACCAGGCACUGGCCCGCACGCACCAGCAGCCGCAGCGACGACGGCAGCGCAUGACAGCAAGACAACCGCUCAUGCUGCACCAGGUGCUAACCACGAUGACGAUGACAAGGACACCUUGUCGCAGUCCAUGUCCUCCUUCGACGAUGGUGUCGACAUGAUGCAAGAAGCCGCCGAGCACCUUCGUGUAGCAUCGCCCGUUGGGCGCAGCCCAGGCGGUAAUCGCGACGAUCAUGAUCAUGAUGAUUAUGGCGGUGACAAUGGUGGUAACGUUCGCGCGCAGCCGGGCGGGAAGAGUGCGGUGGACAUGAAGCGAGCGCUGGAAGGCGAGGUGGUGGACAUGCCAUCCAUCGCACCAGUCACGCCCGUGUCACGUGAGGAGCGGUUUGGGCUCGUGCCCUCCUCCGAGAGCGAAGGCAGCGACGAUGGUGGUGCUAAUGUUGAUGUCAGUGACGGUGACGGUGCGAAGAGUCAGGCGAGGGCAAAAAAGAAGAGCAAGACGAAGAAGACAAAACGCGACAAGAAGGGCUCGGACAAGCCAUCAAAGGGGCGAUCCCUGUUUGGUUCCAGGAGAAGGAAGAAGGAGCAGGAGCAAGACCUCAAGCAUCACAGCAGUGAUGAUGACGAUGACGAGGAUGAUGACGACUACAGUGACGGCGAGAGUGGCGAUGAUGAUGGCGGAAGGGGCAAGAAGAAGGGCAAGAAGGAAGGCAGCAAGCGGCGGGGACCGCUUGGGUGGCUGUCGCGAUCCAAGCGUGGAAGCAGCCGCAGCAAAGACGCCCGGAAGACGAAGAAGAAGAACGAGCAAGAAGAGGAGGAGAAGCGAGAAGCAGCGGCAUCGGAGCGUGAAGAGAAACAAGUGGAGGCGCAUAUGGGCGCAGAUGCUGCGACACACACCCAGCAGCAGCAGCAGCAGCAGCAGCCGAAGCAGCUGAAGCAGGCAGGCGGACAGAGUGACGAUGACACCACCACAGAUGACAGCGACGCACAAGUCGCUGUUGCCGCUGUUGGCGGAGAGCAAGGCGUGGCAGACACCUCCAUGAACGAUUCGAUGAUUGCGCGCACAAAGGAGGACCUACGAGCAGCGCUGCGUGCGCUCAUGCGCCGCUUGCGUGCAGGCGACCUUCGCCUGACGUAUCUUGAUCUGGUGUAUCCGCAGCACGCAGCCGAGGACAUGAUGGACGACGUGCAGGAGGUGGUGAGCAAGGCGGCCGCGGGCCUGGACCUGCGGCAGGUGAACCUGGGUCUGGCGUGCAUGGCGCUGUCGUUUGCCGUGCACGAGCUUGGGCCGGACUGGGUGUCGCCUGCGUUUGUGCGGCGCAUUGUCGGGCCGAACCCGUCGCUGGUCGAGACGGCCCUGCUGUCGACGCUGGCGCCUGAAGACGAAGAGAUGGUGGCGUCUGUGCUGCAGUUCCUGGGGGAGAUCGCCUGUGUCGUGUCGAGGGAUGCUGGCACGACCAACUUCGACACUGGGUUUGCUGCUGAGAAGAAGAAGAAGAAGCGCCGGUUCCGUCUGCUGCGUCGCCGUCGUCGUGGUCGUGAUGGCGAUGGCAGCGGCAGCAAGGGUGCAGAUGACGAGCAGCAGCAGCAGCGCAUGCGCCAAGGCUCGCUGCUCUCCCCCGUGUUCAGCACGGCGAGCACGGGCGGUGGGGACGAAAUUGAGAGCGACCGCGCAUCUGCCGUCUCCUUUGCAUCCACGCGCGGAAACGCCCCCGGUCUGGGUGACGCGUGCAACCAGAUUGCAACAGCGGCCGCGCCGCUGAUGUUGCCCGUGGAUGAGGUGGCCAGCAUAGAUGUGGAGGACUUGGACUUUGAGGAGCAAGGCACAGUGUUGUCGCGUGGUCUUCGCGUUGCCUCAGCGCUCGAGCACCUGCUUAAUGUCGCUGGUGGUGCUGACAGCAGCGAUGAUGACGAUGAUGAUGAGGGUGGCAGCAAUGGAGGAGAUGGACUGGGGCCAUCACUGACGGCGAGACAGCAGAGCGAGCUGCACGCGCUGUUGACGGACGAUUCCAUGGCGCUGGUGAAUGCUGUGCUGCUGUGCAACAACGACGAGUACGAUGGACUGGCCGACUGUCUCGUGACGGCGUUUGUGUCCCGCGGUCCGCAGUUUGUGUAUGCGCUCAUUGAUGCGUGUGUGGCCGGCGAGGUAAAGCAGGCGACAGGCCACAACACCAUCCUGCGAAGUCAGACGCGCACGCUGCGUGUGCUCCGUGCACUCUGCCGUGCGCUUGGCAGCGACUACCUCGGCAAGAUCAUCACACCAACGCUCGCUGCUGUGCGCACGAGCCCAAGCAUGUUUGAUCUCACCUCCGACCAGCGUCGCUCGCAGAAGAAGCAGCGUGAAAUCGAGCGCAACGUGGCGGCGCAGGUGCAGUCGCUGCUGAAUCGGCUGUACGAGACGGUGACAGAGGUGCCCGCAUUCCUUCGCUACAUCCUCUACAAGCUGCGUGUGGAGAGCAAUGUGGUGUUCCCUGAGCUUGACCAAGGUGCUGUGCGUGGAUUCUUCUUCCUCCUCUUCAUCAGUCCUGCUCUCUGCAACCCCGUCGACAACCACAUUACCGCGACGCCUCUGAACGACACGCAAUCGCAGGCGGUGCUGGUGCUGUCGCAGUUGCUGACAUCAUCCAGCAACCAUCACGUGUACAGCGCGAAUGUGCAGCCGUUCAUGGCAGCCUUCAACGAGCUCAUUGCCACGAAUCAGGACUCGCUCGUGUCGUUCAUGGAUGCCGUCAGCAUGCCACCCACGUCCACCGAAGUCAACGAAUUUGGGGAGACGAUGGCGCAGUUGUCGGACGCGUGCGCGGAGUCGCUGCCUGCGUCCAUUCGCUACAUUGCCGGAUUUGUCAAGCACCACAAGGCGAGCGUGUUUUCUGUCCUGCGCAAGGAGACGGUGCCUGCGUCCCCACAGGCGCGCAUUGGCCCACGUGCUGUUCUCAAGUUUGUCAACCACUGCGUCCUUGAGCACGCGCUGAGCUGUCGUGCUGUUGCUGCGCAGGUCGAUCCACAGCAGAUUCCCCUGCACACCAUCACCAAGGUGCGUCGCACGUUCUCCGACCGUCUCAUGCGCCGAAGCUCAAGCAGAAAGGGGUCUUUCAAAGUCAAGUAG